GCCGAAGAUAUUGGCUCGGUCAUGUGAUCAGCUGUGUCCAAUCAUAGCUGAUCACGUGUAAACAGGGGAAUUCCGGUUAUCGGCAUUUCUCUCCUCUCGAGCUGUCACGCUGACAGCUCGAGAGGAGAGGAGAGCCGGGGACAUGUACACUGAUCAUCAGGGCACUGUAGCCCCAGCAGCGCCACCUGUCAGUGUCCAUCAGUGCCUUGUGUCAGUGCUCAUCAGUGCCCAUCAGUGCCACAUCAAUGCCACAUAUCAGUGCCUACCAGUGCACAUCAAUGCCACAUAUCAGUGCCCAUCUGAGCUGCCUUUCAGUGUCACCCAUCAG